AUGGAUUCAACAGCCGGUUUUCGGAUUCUCGACCUGCUGCCAGCAAACUACGAUGAUGACUUGUGCUGCAACAUCCGCAACGUGGAGCUCGGAACUUGUGAGCCAUACGAGGCCCUGUCGUACGUCUGGGGAGACCAGUUGAACUUGGAGCCAAUCCGGGUAGCAGACGCAACAGUCAAAAUCACAAAGAGCCUCCAGGCCGCCCUCAGACGCCUUCGACAGCCCAGUGCGAUACGGCCCAUCUGGGUCGAUCAGCUAUGCAUUAAUCAGUUGGAUUCGCGUGAUAAGACGCGACAGGUCUCCAUAAUGCGUCAAAUCUACAAGAACUGCUCGAGAUGUCUGAUCUGGCUCGGCGAACUUCCUGAUACGCUCGCUGUUAGCGAUGCAGAGGGAACAUUCGACUUCAUUUGCAUGUGCGCGGGGCAGUGGCGUGACUCGGAGUUCAUCCCUCCGGGCCUUUCGACUCCUGAUCGAUUAGCAAGGGCCCAUGACGCCUUCAAGGCUCUGGUCCUGGAUGGAAACCCUUGGUGGUCGCGGAUAUGGACGGUCCAGGAGGUCGUGCUCCCAUCUAACGCUUUGGUCCUAUGGGGCCCGCUGUGUCUGCCCUGGAUCACGUUCAAGCAGGCGGCAAGGAGGCUGUGCUCAGCGCGCUUUCCACGCUUGCAUUUCUCUAUCCUGGAUACAUUCCGCGACAUCGUCAACAACUUUACAGGGCCAGUUCGAGGACUAGAGAUUGCGGAGGCCGGGGAGAGCCCGCUGAAUAUACUCCAGCGAUGGCGAUACCGAAAGGCAACGGACCCGAGGGACAAAGCUUUUGCACUGAUGGGCGUGUUUUCACACACACCUAUCCCCGGUGUGCAAAUCUGCGACUACGACAUGUCCGUCGUCAAUCUAUACAAGAAGGUUACCACGGGGCUGAUACAGAGUGAGAAAGGUCUCAGACCACUUGUCGGCCUGCGGCCGAACAGCAUCCCAUAUCUCCCUUCAUGCGCGAUUGACCUGUCACAAACACCUUGUGACAACACCCCCCAUUGGUGGUGGAACCACUCCCACCGGUACCAGAAGUUUGCGGCUGAUUGUGGGGAGGAUCUACAGUUCACGUCGCCAUUGCAUGAAGGCAGCCUGCUCUCUUUAAGGGGCAUAUUGGCAGACACGGUACAAAACUUCGGAAGCCCACUUAGAGGAGAUGACCCGGAGAGCGUUUCGAACGAGCAAAUCAUCGAAUCCACGAAGAUCUGGCAGCAGCUAAUGGAACGAUCGCUGGGGUACCGGAGGUAUCCCAGUGGUGAGACUCCAGCUGAUGUAUUUUGGCGAACCAUGAUGGGAGACCUUCUCAUGCAAGAGUUACCGCUGCGGAGGGCUAAUGACAAUGACGCUCGCACAGCUGCUUUGCAAUUUCAUGGAGGCAGUCCCUUGAACAAACUCAUCUGCGACUCCGUGCGCAUGAUGAUAGUUGGUCAGACCUUCUUUGUCACGGAGAGAGGAUAUGUUGGUGUCGGUCCAUCGAAUUCAGUCGAAGGGGACGAGGUCUGGGUACUUUCGGGCGGCAAGGUGCCGUUCAUUCUGCGGCCAUCAACGGGCGAUAAAAGCCCUCGAAGUAGUGCGACUCCCGUGUUCUCCCUGAUAGGUGAUGCUUUCGUGUAUGGCAUUAUGGAUGGGGAGGCAAUGGCGUUGCGCAAGAGCGGGCCGCAGGCUGUGUAUCUAAACUGA